AUGCCCACCCCCCCACCACCACCCCUCCUCCCCACACACCCCACCGCCGCAGGCCACACCUGCCCAACCUGCAAACUCUUCUACACCACCGACGUCUUCUUCGCCACCCCCCGCUGCCCCUGGUGCCGCGGGCAGCGCGCCCAGCGCUGCGCCCGCUGCAACAUCUUCAAGCUGCGGCAGCACUACAACCGCACUGGGUGGGGCGCCGGCGUGUGCGCCGGCUGCUGGCCGUGGUUGGGGGGGGCAACACAGAGGUGGGAGGUUGUGUCGGAGUUGGGGUUGGGGGGACAGGUUAUUAUAGGUGUGGGAUUGUCUUGUCUGAACACUACAACUAAUAUCACCAUGGAUCCGGGUACUUUUGAAGGUCACGGUCAACAGCGGGUCCUUCGGCAGGCCGUGACGAGGGGUGUUAUCAUGAGGAUUACAAGUCCGAUCACUGGCCAUAUCGGGAGCACCCUCGCCCGCCAAACCGACAUUCUCCCCGCCUCCCCCACCAGCCCCUACCUGCACAUCUUCGUCGGCGAAACAAUCACCUGCGUCGACACGACCGCGGACGACGUGUGGUUCCGGUCCCGCGACCCGCCGUCGCUCGUGAUUGUGCUCACGAUCAUGAAGCUGCGCUACCCGCUGCUCGAGGACCAUCUUAUCCGCGGCGUCUCCCUGCAGCAGGAGGGCAGGGAGCUCUUGGUGUGCAAUGUGGCGGAGGGCGGGGAGGUGGCCUGGCAGGUCAUGGUUGAUCAGCUGUUGAGGUGUGCGCCGAGCUGUAAGGUGAUGGUGCAGACGCUGCUGGAGGGGUUGAGCUAUAAGGCGACUAUCACUAUGUGUGAAGAGUAG